AUGGCCAACGACAGGAGACACUACAUGAGUGCGGCUAUGAUCUACCCGGCUCAUCGCGCGCAGCAAGCAUGGUACAGUCCCCCAGCCCUCGUUGACCUCAUCAAGGACAUUCUUCUACCCCAGCCACAUCGUAAGGCCGACCAAUGUGAACAGAGUAAGAUGCGGGAUCGGACUCUCCCCCAACCUUAG